AUGUUUAGAUCUACUCGUUCGAAUGUGGCGGGGUCUGCACUUAAUCCUAGUACGCGAAAGCCCUUUGCACAGGAGCUGUCUGCUGGAUCUGGCGCUCGGGGGAUUGAAGCAUUUAGCUUGAACGAGGAUAAAUACCUAUUAUCCCCGGGCGAAUUCGGUAAAGAAAUACUCAUUGUUGUGAAGCGCGGCCCCGGGGUUGACGUCCGCGAACCAUGUCGCGAACCUCCGUAUGACGAUCAAGACAUUAGAGACUGGGUUCAUGGGAUGACUUGGCGAGAGAUUCAACACAUAUGCGACCAUGUUAGCGAUGACUCCGAGUUAUUUGAUGUUCAGAUGGAUGAACCGACUGAGAUCGAUACUUUUGAUGAUGUUGAUGAAUAUCAGUGGAAUCUUGUCAGCUCAUAA